AUGGGUUUAAACAUGGCAAUACAUCUGGAUGCACAUGAGUUAAUAGUUUUGGGAGAUUCUGACUUACUCAUUCGGCAGGCUCAGGGUGAAUGGGAAACUCGAGACAUCAAGCUCAUUCUGUACAAACAAUGUUUGGAGGACCUUAGCAAAAGGUUUAAGUCAAUCGAGUUCAGAUAUAUUCCCAGAUUUCACAAUGAGUUGGCUGAUGCUUUGGCCACUUUAGCCUUAAUGCUUCCAUACCUAGGCAAUGCUUAUAUUGAUCCGUUAGAGAUUCAGAUUAGGAAUCAACAUGGUCAUUGCAGUACAAUUGAAGUAGAGCCAGAUGGUGAGCCAUGGUAUCACGAUAUCAAAAGAUUCCUAAAAACAAAAGAAUAUCCAAUACAUGCAGAUGGAGAUCAAAAAAGAACUAUUAGGCGACCUUCCAAUGAUUUCUUUCUGAGUGGGGAGAUCUUAUACAAAAGGACCUCGGAUUUGAAUUUGUUAAGAUGUGUGAAUACCCAAGAAGCUAAAAUGAUCAUGAAUGAAGUACACUCCGAAGUAUGUGGCCCGCACAUGAACGGUUAUGUUCUAGCAAAAAAGAUUCUUCGAGCAGUACACUAUUAG